AUGCCGAAAAAACUAAAACAUCUCAAAGUCCAUGCAUUUCUCCUCUCCUUCCCACAAAUUCUUUGGGUGCUGAUUCUACCAUCGCAAAUUGUCAGUGCACAGAAGAACACAACAAUUCCCGUGAAUGUGGGAGUGGUUCUAGACAUGGAUACAUGGAUUGGAAAGAUGGGGUUGAGCUGCAUCUCCAUGGCUCUUUCAGACUUCUAUUCCUCCCAUAGUGACUACAAGACUAGGAUUGUCCUCAACAACCGGAACUCGAAGAAAGAUGUGGUUGGUGCUGCAGCUGCAGCUCUAGACCUACUAAAAAAUACUGAAGUGCAAGCUAUCAUGGGGCCGGUGUCAUCAGUACAAGCAGAAUUCAUAAAUGAUCUUGGAGAUAAAGCUCAUGUGCCGAUCAUCUCAUUUUCUGCAACAAGCACAUUUCUUUCACCACUUAGCAGUCCAUACUUCAUUCGUGCUACUCAGAAUGACUCAUCUCAAGUAAAAGCCAUCAGUUCAAUUGUCAAGGCCUUUGGAUGGAGAGAAGUUGUGCCAAUCUACGUUGAUAAUCAGCUUGGAGAAGGGAUUUUACCAUUCUUGACAGAUGCCUUCGAUAAAAUUAAUACACGCAUCCCUUAUCGCAGUGUCAUUCCUUCUUUAGCCACUGAUGAGCAAAUUGUUGCAGAGCUUCACAAGCUAAUGACUAUCCAGACUAGAGUUUUCAUUGUUCAUCUACUGCCCAGUCUUGGCUCUCGGCUUUUUGCUAAAGCAAAACAACUUGGAAUGAUGGCUGCAGGGUAUGCUUGGAUAUGCACUGAUGCCAUAACAGAUGAGCUUAAUUCAAUUGAUCCUUCUAUCAUUGACACCAUGCAAGGAGUACUAGGUGUAAGGCCUCAUGUUCCUAAUACUGCAGAGCUUCAAAGCUUCAUUAAAAGAUGGAAGUUGAAGUUUCAACAAAGCAAUCCAGACAUCGUCAAUCCUCAAUUGAAUGUGUUUGGGCUAUGGGCAUAUGAUUCAACGACAGCACUCGCAAUGGCAAUAGAGGAAGCAGGAGUUUCAAACAUUGGCUUUGAUCAAAUGUCAGAUAUCUCAGGGAACACUACAGACCUUGAAAGUUUUGGUGUAUCUAGAAAUGGUCCUAAGCUUUUGCAGGCAAUGUUAGGCACAGCAUUUCAAGGCCUAAGCGGAGACUUCAUUAUAGUUGAUGGACAACUUGAAUCUCCAGUUUAUGACACAGUAAACGUCAUUGGUAAUGGCAUAAUAGAAAUUGGCUUCUGGACUGCAGAUAAAGGAAUUGUUAGGCAGAUAAACCCUAUAACUAUAAAGAAACUGGGAACUAUACUGUGGCCAGGUGACACUGCAACGCCUCCUAAGGGCUGGGCAAUUCCAAAAAAUGGGAAGAAGUUGAGGGUUGGUGUACCAGUGAAUGCUCGAUUUAGUCAACUUGUAAAGGUUACAAGAAACUCCCAGACAAAUACAACCAUGGUCGAAGGAUAUUGCAUUGAUAUAUUUGAUGCAGUAAUGGCUUUGUUACCAUAUGCUGUCCCUUACGAGUAUGUUCCUUUUGCAACAUCAGAUGGUAUGAGUGCUGGAAAUUACGAUGACUUGGCGUACCAAGUCUAUUUAGGUAAUUUUGAUGCAGUCGCUGGAGACAUAGCAAUCACAGCAAACAGGUCGCUGUAUGUUGACUUUUCUUUGGCAUAUACUGAGUCUGGGAUAGCGAUGAUUGUUCCCACAGACAACCAAAGUAGAAAUACAUGGAUAUUUUUGAAGCCACUAACUUGGGAUCUUUGGCUGACAAGUUUUUUAGCUUUUAUCGCUAUUGGUCUUCUUAUUUGGGUUCUUGAACAUAGAAUAAAUGAUGAAUUCAAGGGACCUCCUUUGCAUCAAAUUGGCAUGAUCCUCUGGUUCUCCUUCUCUACCAUGUUUUUUGCACAUAAGGAGAAGAUAGUAAGUAAUUUGGCCAGGUUCGUGCUGGUCAUCUGGUUCCUAGUUGUGUUUAUACUUACCCAGAGCUAUACAGCCAGUCUUACAACAAGUUUAACUGUACGACAACUCCAACCAACUAUAAGAAGUGUAGAUGAGCUCAUCAAGACCAGGGCGUAUGUUGGUUACCAAAAUGUUUCGUUUCUUUCAAAAAUUCUGCUUCAAAUGGGAUUUGAUGAGUCUAGACUUGUAGCUUACCACUCUCCAGAGGAAUUAAAUGAUCUUUUUACCAAAGGGAGCGGAAAUGGGGGCAUUGCUGCUGUUUUUGAUGAGAUCCCGUAUAUGAAGCUUAUACUUGGCACAUAUUGCUCUAAAUAUACCAUGGUUCAAGCAGCAUAUAAGACUGACGGUUUCGGAUUUGCAUUUCCAAUUGGAUCUCCUCUUGCACCUGACGUUUCAAGAGCGAUCCUGAAUGUUACACAGGGCAGUCAAAUUCUUGAAAUUGAGAAAAAAUGGCAUUUGGAAACAUCCAGCUGCCAAGACUUCAACACAUCUUCCACUCCUGGCAGCUUAGACAUAGGGAGCUUUCGCGGCCUAUUUUUAAUCAUGGGAAUAGUAGCUAUUUCAGCUUUCAUCAUCCAUUGGACAAUGUUCUUAUACGAGCAUUGGAAUGUCGUAACUAAUUAUAGUUCUUCAACGUGGGACAAAAUCAUUGGUUUGUCAAGAUGCUUUGACUGCAAAGAUGUCCCCAGCCAUACAUAUAGGAAACCUGAUAUGCGAGGUGAAAAAACAACCCCAGGUGGUGAUAAGGAAGUUUCAUGCCGUCCACAUUGUUCAGGAAGUCCAGUAACAAUUUCUUUGCAAGCCUCUCCACAUACAAAUCCAAGCUUUUCAAGUCGCAUGGAGCAUAAUUUAACCAUUUCCGAAGAGCAUGAAAUUCCUUCUUAUGAGAGUGAAAGUCCAAAUCAAGAAGGUAACACACCUCAAUAGAUAAUGCCGGCCAUUGAGCUUACUGGUCAAGGAUGAAGAUUGUUAACAAGGCAUUUCAUACGGAUCCAUUCAUAAUGCAAGAAUUAUUCUUUGUUUCCAUAUUGGUAGCAUUGUAUAAAACUUUCUUUGUUAAAGUGGUCCUUCAUAUUUGAUUAAAUUAUUUGUGGUUAUGUAACGGUCCUUUUCUCCUCCUCCUUGUUUCA